AUGACCUCUGAUCUUGAGAUCUCUGAUGCUUCUGGAUUACAGGAUCCAGUGAUAUUGGCAAAGUUUGCUGAUGCGUUGAAAGAUUUCAAGUUGCAUAAGACACAGGAUGUUUUCGACGUUGUUAAAGAAUUCAGGUCAAUAACAGCAUCAAAAGCUUACGAAGUCUCCACACAAAAUCCAAAUUCUUCUGAAUAUUUGAACUGGGAACUUGAAGCAAAACUUUGGCACCUGGUUGAACUCUUGGUUAAUUAUAGAUAUUCUGAGGAAUCAGAAAAACUUGAAACAUAUAGCUUCAACUCAAAUAUUGUCUUUGAAGAAAAUUUUUAUAAAGAAAGCUCUAAAUUACGUGAAAUAUGGUUAAUGAUUUUGUGGUUACAAGAGAGUGCAAUUGAACCUGAAAGACCUAAUUUAUCAAGCUCUAAAUGGCUUAACACUCAAUUAUCCCAUGCAUUAGAAAACCUUGAUAGUGAUGCCCCAAUACGUUUGAACAAGAGUAUAAAUCCAAAAGAUCAAGAACAAGAUAGCGUUUUUUACAAGUACAUCUUUGAAUUGAUCUUGGCUGGGAGAUUCGAUGAAGCGCAAACUGAAUGUAUGAGAACAAACAAUUGGACUUUGAGAAUGAUUCUAUCAGGUUUAAAUGAAUAUUUAGAUCCGGUUAUCGAUAAGCAAAUUGAGCAAAUCGAUGAAAACACACAGGGUAUCAAAAAGAAGGCACUUUGGAGAAGGACUUUGUAUUUGUUAUCAAAAAAUGAAUCAUUGAACGAGUACGAAAAGGCUAUAUAUGGAUACUUGGUCGGUGAUUUGAGUCCGUUGAAAUUAGCAAAUACCUGGGAUUCACAGUUAUUGAUUUAUUUAAACCACAUUUUAACAAGUGAAGUUGAGAAUUCGCUAAUAGAGAAUGAUAGAAUUGACAAGGAAGACUUGAUACUUACAAUCCCAAAGAGUGAUCUAACUGUUCAGGAUGUUCUAAAUUCAAUCUCGCAAAAAUUAAAAGAAGAAAGUGAACACCCAUUGCGCGUUUUGAUUGCCUCUGUUUUAUCAAACAAGAUAGGACCAAUUAUCCACUCUUCAUUAAGUCUUGUUGGAAGUGUUAUGCUGGGAAAAGAUGAAGUUAAUGAAAUAUUUGGUGAACCAUAUGCCUUGAGAAUCGUUACACAUUUGGCUAUUUUCAUCUCAAUUAUAGAUCCUUCAGCAAUCAGUAGUGAAGACAGAUCGAAGCUAUUAACAACAUACAUCUUGGUGUUAAGACUUUAUGAACAAUAUGAUUUAAUUCCAGUCUAUGUCUCAUUCCUUUCUGAAGUUGAAGCAAGAGAUGCUUACUCGUUAUUCUUAAUUGAUUUAUUCGAUUCCAAACAGAGAACAACACAAUUAGAAUUAAGCAGACUAUACAAUUUACCACUAGAAAAUAUAUUGAAGAGAACAGUUGAAAGAGUUUUCAGUCUUACUGAGGAGCAUUAUCAAAUUAAAUCUGGUGUUACCCUUCAAGAUAUUGAUGAAGUUGAUAACAAGUUGAUCAGUGGUGUUGAGUGGUUCAUUGAAGCAAAAAUGUAUUCAGAUGCCAUCCAUGCUGCAGUUUCACUUUUCAGAAGAUUUUUAUUAACUGGUCGAACAAAAGCUGCUCAAGAAUUUGCAUCAAGAAACUCAUUAUCACAAUUGUUGAAAAACUAUGACGUGGAACAAUACGGUGUUUUGGUUGAUAAGGAAGUGUCCCAAUUCGAAAGAGAAGAACUAUUACAAUAUGAUGCUCUUGUCAAAGGUUUUAUUGCAAUUGAUGAGUGGAGAAGUAAACCAAAGAUUGGAGGUGCUGUCACAAACAUUGAAUAUAUCAACACAAUCACUCAAGAUCUUCGUUCAUUGAUAGGCUCUGUAUUUUUGGAACUAUCAGAAACGGAUUAUGAGGUUGAUAUUGUCCAAGAAUUACGUUCACUUUACAUUCCAUAUUUAAUCAUUCAAUUGCACACCAUAUAUGUUGAUGGUAGAAAGUUCAGAGCUUCCUACUUGAGAGAAGCUUUGAAUAUGGUAAACACAGUUGCCAGUGAAAGUUCCAAAUUCUAUAUUUUGUUCCAAAAUUGUGGAAGGCUUAAAGAAUAUUUGGCUCUUGUUGCUGAUUGUGCUGCGUUAGCUGUCGGUGAAGGAUUUUAA